CUUCUUUCUCUUGCUGAAGGGCUGUGAAACUGUUUGACAGUGGACCAGGGGACGGACAAUUCCGCUUUGAUCAUCCAAAAUUGCCGUGGACGAGGUUGAGCUCCGUGACCGCCUCAAUCCAGUCACACCAUGGCCGACGAUACCCAUCGUCCGCGUCCACCGCCAAAUCGACGCAGAGACAAAGUCCAGCUUUCUUGCGAGCCUUGCAGAAACCAAAAGCUGAGGUGCGACCGACAGCACCCGUGCGGAGCUUGCUCAAGGCGUGGUCUCACCAACUCGUGCAACUAUGCGACAGCUUCUUCUUCUACGCCCGAUGCCCAGCGGUCUGAUGCUCAGAGGUCUGUUGCUCCGCGACAAUCCGCCAGCCUCCAUGGAAGAAUCUCUGAGCUGGAGAACCUUGUCGUGACGCUCAUGAAAGGCCAAUCACUCCCAACUCCGCCCGCACCAAAAUCGCCGAGACCAAGCUCGCAAUCAUUCGCACAUGUGUUCCCGGAGAUGCGAAGACCAAAGAAGUCCCCUGAUCAAACUACAUCCCCGGCAGACCCUGGCACCCUAGAGGUGCGUGAGUCUGGAACCAGCUAUGUCCAGAGUGUCCAUUGGGAGGCCAUUCUUACCCAAAUCAGAGGACUGAAGGAGGACUUGGUCACUGAUAGCAAGGCUCCGCCCGGUUCACAAUUGUUCUAUGGCCCGAACCGUCAUGCAACUCGAGAUGAAAUCCUGGCCGCUGUUCCUCAUCGUCCAGUUGUUGACCGCCUCAUGGCCCUUCACUUCGAUUCCUACAUCGUCACUCCGUAUCUCAUUCAUAGCGGGAAGUUUCUCCGAGAGUACGAAGCCUUCUGGAAAGAUCCAUCUGAAACUUCCAUCGCUUGGAUCGGUCUCAUGUUCUCCAUGUUAUCCAUUGCUGCGCAGUUGCAGACCUCCAGCAUGGGCUUCCCCGACGCACGAGCCGAAUCCCUCAAUGCGGAAUAUCUUACCAUGAAGCAUGCCUUCCGGGAGAAGGCCGUUCAGUGUCUUAUUCUGGCCAGGUAUACGACCGGAGGACCACAUAUCCUGGAAACCCUCAUAACGGUUCUUACUGGAGAGUUUAUACUCUUGAAAGAUGGCGCUACCGAUGGCUGGCUUUCAAUCAGUAUGAUACUUCACCUUGCUAUGCGCAUGGGCUAUCACCGGGACCCAGAUCAUUUUCCCGGAAUAUCUCCAUUCGAGGGUGAGAUGCGUCGACGCAUCUGGACUACAAUCCUUCAAUUAGAUCUCAGUAUUUCCUUGGAGAUGGGCCUUCCUCGAAGUGCCACAGAUACACACAUCGAUACAAAACAGCCCCGUAAUUUGCGCGACUGUGAUUUUGAAGAGGACACAACUGAGAUGCCUCCGCCGAGGCCAGAAACAGAAUGGACGCCGGUGCUCCCUCUCAUUGCAAGAGGGCGACUGAUAACAGCUCUCGGCUUGAUUUGCGACGUCAACACCGAUAUUAAUCCCCCUUCCUACGACGAGGUCAUCAAGAUCGACGCGCUUCUUAAAGACGUGCACAGUCGUGGUAUUCCGCCCGUGCUGCGCUGGGAAACUAUGCCACACCCCAUCACGGAUAGUCCAAACCUUGUGGUGCAGCGGGUAAGUGUAGAAACGACCUACUACAAAGCACGCAUCCUCCUGUACCGGGGAGCUUUGAUCAGCUACCCAGUUGGACAGUCUCAAGAGAGGGGCAGGGAGUCCGUGCGAAUUUGUUUAGAUUCCGCACUCAAGAUUCUAUCAUUUCAACAGAUGCUUCACGAAGAGUCUCAGCCAUUUGGUCGUCUGUGUCAGCUUAGGUGGAAGGUCACCCAUAUUUUCAACCAGGAUGUUCUCCUAGCAACGAGCGUGCUCUGCCUCUACAUUCAAGACGUCGAUAAAUUUGAAUUAUCUGAGACUGCAGGACACACAACAUGGUCGUCUAGGGAUGAAGAGAUUCGACAACAACUAAUGAUCUCGCACAAGAUUUGGCUUCAAAUGAGUACUGCAUCUGCGGAAGCUGGAAAAGUAGCGAAAGCGCUGAGCAUCGUCCUUGGAAACACAGAAGCGUGUGCUGAGGACGGUAACGGGCCCGCUUCUUACGACUUUCUGACGGAUUUUGAUGCGAUACCUCUGAAUGAAUCUGGCGAAACGUUCAACAAUCAAUAUUUUUCUUCUAGCUUCUGCUCUCCUCUCACCUUUUUUGAUAAUGUACUGGAAAAUCGAGGGAUAUGAAAUAUGACUGUUUUGCUAUCACUAUAGUCGUUACAGGUUGAUAUUUAACAAGGGAGCCACAAUCAGUAACACAUCUCCCUCACAGAAGUCUUCACUACAGCACAUUUCAUAAUAAUAGCACUCACU